ACAAAUUUAAAUUCUAUAUUAAUAAUUAAAUGAAUUAGAUGACGUCGGAAGGUGAAGCAUGGGCUCAAACUCUCAUCACGGUAACACCGGAAGAAGCUGCAACGUUGAGAGAAAUAUCGGAAGAAACCACCGUGUCCGCGACGUCGGACAUACAAUUAAUCCUCGACCCUAGCGAAAUCGUUUACAGACGAUCUUUCACUCAGGAGAAAUUCGUAGACGCCAAAGAAUCAUUGGUGGAAGAGGAACUGAAAGAAAUAUCUGAAGUAGAGAUACCGGAAGAGAAGCAAAAAGAAGAUGCGGAGAACCAAACGUAUCUGCAAGGGAUGCCUGUCGUGCACAUUUCCAUCGAAUACCAAGACGAAGCUUCGCAGACGAUGUACAUGAGCACUCCUUGUCCGCCUUUGAAAUAUUAUAGAGACAUCAUGACAUCCAUGAUCGAAGGGCCAAUGCCUAGAUUGAAAAGGAGCUACGUGGCAGGAACUAUAAUUAGCAUCGAUCCCGAAACGUCUCGCGACUCUGCGAUCGAUCAAUUAAUCGCGGACGUUACGGACGAGGAACGCGAGGAAUUCGAAUCUAAACUUAGCGACGAAGAAGAGAGGGAAAUGGAAGUGACUGAAAUUCUGCACUUCGCGAUAGCGCGGGCAUUUUGGAUAGACGACCCGACGAGCCAAGCGCCAGUUGAAACCGAUGAUAAAGCGACUCAGACUUACAUUAAAUAUAACAACCGUACGAAAAUGUUCGUGAUAGAUAACGAAGCGCAAACGGAGUUAAGUUGCGAACCGAAGAAAUCGAACACGAUGCUGUUGACGGAUUAUAUGGAGAAGAAGAACAUAGCUUUGGACUGCUUGGAGGAUUGCAUCUCGAAAGGCAUCGAGACCAAGACAGCGAUAGACGAUAUAAUGAAUGAGAUUAUCGACAAGUGUGCAGAAAGAAUUAGGUAUCCUAUGAAGGAACAGAUGAUACAGACGAUAGCUACGUAUAAAUUAGAUCAGAAAGAGAAGGAAGAAGACGUAUUGAGAAAAUUGAAGCUGGACAUAAUUGUGGAUCCCUUGGAGGCAUCAAUCGUUGUCGUGCCUUUGAUGAGUGACAUAUUGCAGUUGGUUUGCGAAAACGUGUCCAAGAAUGCUGUUAAAGGGGCUAAGAAUGUCUUAGACGUGGUCCUUCAGCGAACGAUGACUAUAAUUAAGAAGCUCAUGAAACUGCAUCAAGAAAUGGAACGUAAACCGAUAGAUCAAAAGUUAGCGCAGCGGAAGAAGAAAAUCCUUGAGUCGAUGUCGAAGAAGGAAACGGAAACGAUCGCGACUCAAACAAGCAUAGCUGCAAUUUCGGAAGUGAAGAAGAUUAAAAGGUCGAGAGAGGUUCUAUGCUCCGUUUGCAGAAGGCAGUCGAUGUGUCAAUGGUGCUUAGAACAUCAAGAAGGCGAGGAAGUUCCGGAGGAGGACAUGAAAAUACUUCGCACGCAGGAUAUAUUACUAGCUUACAAGCCGUGUUAUGUCGUGACGAAAGUUUCAGACAAAGACGAACAGCUUCAACCUCCUUGUCCACCGGAACAAAAAGCGAAACCCGCAGUACAAAGUGCUAAAUACAAGCCUCGUGAUGUGACGGAUUCCGUAGCAGACUGCUGUCGACAGAUACGUUUGUUAAUGAAACGCGACGAAGAGAUUGAGCCGCAAGAAUCCGUGAACGAAUGGUCUUACGUUACCGAUGCAACGAUAAUGAAUAAAAGGUAAUAAACGCGCACUUUUAUUAUAGAAUCCGUGACUAAUUCCAGUCAAACGACUGUAACUUUGCUGGACCGAUCAAUUCUCCCAGAAACUUGCAGUUAUCGCAGCACACUGUCUUCGCAAGCGGCGAACGCUUUGCAGAUAUUAAAAGAGACGUUUUGCACGCGAGAAACAUGCCCCGGUUCGUCACUGCAUAAUUUAAACAAUUACCAGGACGAGGAGGCGUGCGAUAAAUCGACGUGCGACGCGUGUUUGAGUAUGAACAACAUGGACAGUAGAGCAUACGUACCUUGCGGUCAACAAUCGUGUAAAGUAUUCUCGAAACUGCAUCUACCAAAUGCGAACACUUACAGUACCUGUUCGCACGUUCCCAUCAAAUCGUACGGCGACGGGUUUAAAGUUAUUCCUAUAUACCUCUCCCAGGAUUCUUGUAACUGAAGA